ACACCGGUCGUCCAACGUCGGCACCGCAGGCGGCCCGGCCCCGCCCCCCUACCCCCGCGAGAGAGGGAGAGAGAGCAAAAGGAGAGAUAGAAGCAGACGGAUAGAGAGAAAGAGCGCGAGCGCACGCGCGCGCGAGAGAGAGAGAGAGAGAGAGAGCGAGAGAGAGAGCGAGACAUAUUUACACAAACGCUGUGA